UUGGUUCUCUGAUGUCCUUUCAGAACACAUUUUUAAACAUUCUGAUUUAUACACAUACGAAUUAUCUGAAUGGAUGGAAGAAAUACUUUACAAUGAAUUUGAUACAAUUUCUGAAGAUAAUACACUUGACUCGACAGCUGAUUUAUUAAUUAAAAUGAGUAAUUGGUUAUUGGGAAGGGGCAAGACGAGUGUGGAAGAAGCAAAAACAAAAUUUAGAGAAAAUGUCGAAAAACUAUUGGCAGUGAAUUCGAAAAAGGUUUUUAAUUAUUUUUUGAAGUUUUGUGGUUGGAAUAGGGGAAACUUUCAAAUAAGUUCGAAUAGUUCCCUCUAA